AUGCAUUCAUGUUGCUGCGAGUUCCUGAACUCCCCUCGCUCUCGCCCAGCUAGCCCCAAUGACGACCCAUGGCGUUCCGCAUCCAGCACUUUCCAGGGACCAGCACCUCUCCCACGGCUCGCUGGAGACGUCGGGACAGUCGUUCCCGCGGCAGCAUUUAACGUCAUCGCUCCCGGAUUGACUCAUCUCGAUUCUGCUUGCCGACACUUGAAUUUCCAACGGUCGCGAACGAAGCCUCAACAAGUCAAGGACCUCCCGAGCAUUGUCCCGUGA